AUGACGCCGGCAGAUCGGAUGAAGCUUGUGCGGAAGUGGAAACUCUGCGACACAUGCCUGAACGACCAUGGCCAUGCGGAGUGCAAGUUCAGAAUGCGGUGCACCAUUGGCGGGUGUACGGAAAGGCACAAUCCGUUGCUGCAUCAAGGGUCUGGAAUGGUCGUUAUGAACGCCCACAUCCGGCUGAACAGCAGCAUAUUGUUCCGUAUGCUACCGGUGACACUGUAUUUCCGGGACAAAUCCGUGACUACUCUUGCAUUUCUGGAUGAAGGAGCAUCAGUUACGAUGGUGGAGAAAGCACUGGCAGACCAGCUGGGUGCCGAGGGCGUCCGGCAAAGGCUCGAGAUCCGGUGGACAGGAGACGUGGCCCGCGUCGAAAAGGACUCGAGGAGAAUCAGCUUAAAGAUUUCUGCGGUCGGAGGAACGCAGCAAUUGUUGAUGAACGAGGUGUGCACUGUAGGAGAAUUAGCGCUGCCAGAGCAGUCACUAGAUGCUCGGGAGAUGGUACACCGGUACGAGCAUCUCCGUGGUCUACCAGUCACAUCGUACCGGAGGAACCGGCCGAGAAUCUUGAUCGGACUGAACAAUAUUCAUACGAUGGCACCGAUCGACGCUAGACUAGGUGAACCUGGAGAGCCCAUAGCGGUAAAGUCGCCAUUGGGAUGGACUAUAUACGGCCCAAGGCGUGGAGCAAAAUCGUCCGACGCGCAUAUGGUUGGCUACCACGACGAAAUUUCGAAUGAACAGAUACAUGAUCUGAUCAAACGACAAUACGCGCUGGAGGAGUCGGUGAUCUGUAGACUGAAGGAGUCCGCAGAAGACAGGAGAGCCAGAGAAAUUCUGGAGACAACAACUGUACGAGUGGGAGAUCGCUUUGAAACCGGACUGUUGUGGAAAUCCGAUAAUCCGCAGUUUCCGGACAGCUAUCCGAUGGCACUGCGUCGGUGCAAGCAGUUGGAUAACCGACUGAAUAAAAACCCUACGCUUCGAGAAACCGUGUGUAGGCAAAUCAUGGAGUAUCAGGAAAAGGGAUAUGCACACCAGGCGACGACGGAGGAACUUAACAACGCUAAUCCGAGCAAGGUGUGGUACAUUCCGCUGGACGUCGUCGUAAACCCGAUGAAAGGGAAAGUUCGUCUAGUGUGGGACGGUCGUGCGUCCGUGAAAGGAAUUUCUUUAAACUCGCAGCUGAUGAAAGGGCCCGAUAUGUUGGCAUCGCUACCAGCAGUGAUCAACCGGUUCCGAGAGCGGCGAGUCGGCUUUGGUGGGGACAUCAAAGAAAUGUACCACCAAAUCAAAAUCAGAAAGGAGGACAAAUCAGCCCAGCGUUUUCUAUUUCGAGCGGUGGAAGGAGAAGCACCCAAAGUCUACGUGAUGGACGUAGCCACAUUUGGGUCAACGUGUUCGCCGAGCUCAGCGCAGUUCAUCAAGAACAAGAACGCGCUGGAGUUUGCGGCGGAGUUUCCAGAGGCGGCAGAAGCGAUCUUAGAGAAGCACUACGUAGACGAUUACUACGAUAGUGUCGACACGGAGGAGGAGGCGAUUCGCCGGGCGGAAGAAGUUAAAUACGUCCACUCGAAGGGCGGUUUCGAUAUCCGGAACUGGGUCUCGAAUUCGUCAAAGUUCCUCCGGAGGCUCGGAGAACAGAAAGUGGAUCAGGCGGUUCAUUUUAACCAGGUGUAG